AUGGGUGGUUUUCACGCGCUGGCUGUAUUUUUGGCGGUGUUGCACCUUGUAGAAGGCGGACGAGACAUCAGCACAGCGGCGAUCGGACCAUGCCGUCUUUUGAUCAACGGCAUGAAUUGCACGCCGAAAGGCUAUUUUGAGACGGUUCAGUGCGAUAGCAAGGCCUGUUUCUGCGUGCAGCCCAAUAACGGGGAAAUUGCGAUCGAGACACGGACGGAGAGCCCGCGAGUAGGGCCCAGGUGCUCAGAAUGUUACAAUCGUCUGGCAGAGCUCUACAAAGAUGGACAACCACCAGUGGACUCGUAUCUGCCGUUGUGUGACAAUAAGAAAGGACUAUUCCAACGGACACAAUGCACAGCCGAUCGCACUGUAUGCUUUUGCGUGGAUCCUGAUACCGGAAAAGAGGUCCCAGGCUCCAAAAAGAAGGUAUCGGAAGGCAUGGCAAAGUGUGACGACUCCAACUACGGAAACGGCAACCUACUUCCGGCCGUAUCUAGGGGAAUUGAUCUAAUCCCCAUCGCAAAUGCUGCGUGCAAACUGCCGAUGGACCGGGGCAGCCGUUGCUCCGGCCGAUAUCCGGUUGUCGAGUGGCAUUUUGACCCGGAAACGUUCACCUGUCUGGCCUUUGAGUAUCUCGGCUGCCAGGGCAAUGAGAACCGUUUUGGGUCGUCGACCGAGUGCCGUUCCGCCUGCCUAUUCGCUGACACUAUGGGCUGCGCCGGUAUGAAUCCGGCAGCCAGGGGUCCACUCGGAAAACCGCUCGUCUGCGGAAAGCCGUUCGUUCCGCAUCUGCCGGAAUUGCUCUCUCGUGUCCUGCCGCCUCUUCCGGAAGCCAUUCCAUGUCCGCCGGGAUAUCGUUGCGUUAUCGGAUCAUCCCACGGCUUCUGCUGCCCACAGGAUAAACAAGAUCUCUACGAUCGAUCGAUGCAGCCACGGUGCCACCGGUAUGGCCGCGAGCCGGCGAAAAGCGACGCUGUCCAAGUGCUUUUAGGCAAAAACUGCUCGUCAAAUUUCUGCCCAUCGUGGGCACAAUGUGAGCAGAACGAUCUCUUCGCUUAUUGCUGC